GGGGCGGACCGGGGAGGGCGGAAGGAGCUCCAGGCCGGAAGGAGGCCGCGGAGGGCGGGAGGCAGGAGCGGGCCCGGAGCUGCUGGGCCGGAGCGGCGGAGCCGCCAUGUCCGACAGUGAGAAGCUCAACCUGGACUCGAUCAUCGGGCGCCUGCUGGAAGUGCAGGGCUCGCGGCCUGGGAAGAAUGUACAGCUGACGGAGAACGAGAUCCGUGGCCUGUGCCUCAAAUCCCGGGAGAUUUUCCUGAGCCAGCCCAUCCUUCUGGAGCUGGAGGCACCCCUCAAGAUCUGCGGUGACAUCCAUGGCCAGUACUACGACCUCCUGCGGCUGUUCGAGUACGGGGGCUUCCCUCCAGAGAGCAACUACCUCUUCCUGGGGGACUAUGUAGACCGGGGCAAGCAGUCGCUGGAGACCAUCUGCCUGCUGCUGGCCUAUAAGAUCAAGUACCCCGAGAACUUCUUCCUGCUCCGUGGGAACCACGAGUGUGCCAGCAUCAACCGCAUCUACGGCUUCUACGAUGAGUGCAAGAGGCGCUACAACAUUAAACUGUGGAAAACCUUCACCGACUGCUUCAACUGCCUGCCCAUUGCAGCCAUCGUGGACGAGAAGAUCUUCUGCUGCCACGGAGGUCUGUCCCCCGACCUACAGUCCAUGGAGCAGAUUCGGCGCAUCAUGCGGCCCACAGACGUGCCUGACCAGGGGCUGCUGUGUGACCUGCUGUGGUCUGACCCCGACAAGGACGUGCAGGGCUGGGGCGAGAACGACCGCGGCGUCUCCUUUACCUUUGGGGCUGAGGUGGUGGCCAAGUUCCUACACAAGCACGACUUGGACCUCAUCUGCCGGGCACACCAGGUGGUAGAAGAUGGCUAUGAGUUCUUUGCCAAGCGGCAGCUGGUGACACUCUUCUCAGCUCCCAACUACUGCGGCGAGUUUGAUAAUGCUGGCGCCAUGAUGAGUGUGGACGAGACGCUCAUGUGCUCCUUCCAGAUCCUCAAGCCCGCCGACAAGAACAAGGGGAAAUAUGGGCAGUUCAGUGGCCUGAACCCUGGUGGCCGGCCCAUCACCCCACCCCGUAACUCCGCCAAAGCCAAGAAAUAGCCUCCACGUGCCCGCCCUCUGCCCUAGAUGGUGGAUUGUACAGAAACCACGCAGCAUGGGGGGGGGGGUCAUGCUGACUUCCUAGGCCUGCUGUCACAGGGAACAUGGAGCCUUGAUGUUUUUUUCCUUUUUUUUAAUGAAUCAAUAGCAGUGUCCAAGCCCCCAGGGCUCCCUCUGCCUGUGCCUCGGUGGCUGCAAGCAGGAUCCUGGGGCUGAGGCUGCAGCUCAGGGCAAAGCAGGGCCAGAUUGUGGGUCUCCAGCCUUGCUUGGCCUCAGGGCUGGCAGCCGGAUCCUGGGCAACCCAUCUGGUCUCUUGAAUAAAGGUCAAAGCUGGA